AUGCAGUCCAAGCUUCUCCUCGCCGCGACGGCCGCCACCGGCGCCGUCGCCAUCGACCUGUCCGGCAACUUCCCGCACGCCUUCCGCCGCGCCGUCGACCUCGCCCCCCGCGACGAGGCCCAAUGCGCGAUCGUCGCCGCCCAGAACUCGGCCGUCCUCGAGGACUUCCCGAUGAUGCCCACCGGCGCCGAGCUCGACUCCAUCCCCACCCUCUCCGACCCGUGCAGCUUCCCCACCGUCACGGGCUCCGCCGGCAGCGUCGUCACCUCCUACAGCUCCGCCCUCGAGAGCUGGAAGGACGCCCACGUCACCGAGCUGCGCUCCAUCUGGCAGGCCUGCAGCGACGCGCCCGCCUUCUCCUCCGUCAUCGCGCAGUACGGCAGCGCGCUGUGCUCGACGGUCCUGGUGGAGAUCACCAGCGCCGACGCGAGCAACGCCACCGGCACGGCCACGGCCACGGCUACCGGUACGGUCUCGGUUACGGAGACGGGUACCGUUACGGCGACUGACGCCACCGUCACCGAGUCCGGCUCCGCGUCGGGCACUGCGUCCGGCGAGGCUAGCGCUUCCGGUGAGGCUGCUUCGACGACUGCUUCGCCUGCUGCCGCCCCCAAGGAGACUGGCCUGUUCGUCGCUGCUGCCGCGGCCGCUGCCGGUAUCGUCGGUGCCGUCAUGCUCUAA